CGGCGCUCGAGCGCUUGCUAUCGAAUCGAAUCGAAUUCAGUCCUCCUGUCAGUACUUGUUCUUGACGCGUUGCAAUAGGGUAUUAAUGUGUUGCUCCAAUAAUUUCUAUUUUAAUUGAUUUGUGCACUAUGGCUGAAAGUGAGGUAAUAAAUAACAGUGUUCAAUUUUUUGAGGGAGUGGAAAAACUUCUCGAAAUUUGGUUUGCCCCAAAUGAAAAGAAUAAAAUGGCAGAUUUGCGUAAAAUACCAAGAUCAAAAUGGGAUGCUUUAUUGAAGAUAGUCAGAUGCGAGAUUAUAAGCUUUAGCAGAAAUGAUCAAGUUGAUGCCUACGUAUUGAG